AUGUCAGUCAACAGGGGCAUUGGCCCUGCGAGGUCAGAGAACAACAUGUUUUCCCUGACGCAGCAAGAGACAGCCAACAAUUCUUUUUACAGCCUCCUGUGUGGCUGCCACAGACACAGGGAGGGGCGGGCUGGAGCAGCUACAGCAGCAGAGCUGUGGGGCUGGGACUGCAGCAGCUCUCGGAAGAGUGAGGAGGAGGAGAGGUCGAGGAGGACGAGGGGAGUGGAGGGAUGGCAAACGAAGCAUAGUAUCAACAGCAGUAGCCAAAGGAAGAGGAAGUUUGGAGUCCCAGCUGCUGCUGGAGCGGCUGCUGCCUGUUUGCUGCACUUUACAAAGAUCCCGAGCAGUUUGCCGAGCGCGGUGGGGACCUGGCCACCUCCAGGCUGCGCGCUGCCCGCUGGGACGCCGCCUGAGGCUGGCGGGGAUAGGAGACGAGCGCUCAGCCCUCAAUCCACUCCCUGCCUGGGAUACCUGCAAGAACCUUGGCGGUGGCGGCCUUGGAUGCCCGUUCUGGGGCAUAGUCCCCAGUCCCCAGCGGAGGCUGCCUGGCUCCGCUCCUUACCCCCUCCGGCCAUGGGAUUUGCAGUGAAGAAAGGAGACCAGACCGAAACGCCAGCAUCUUAGCUAAAUUCCCCCAAAUUUGCAAAACGAAAAGCUGGGGAUGGCUUCGGGGCUUUUUUCUAUCCUGUCCCCACUCACUACUAGUCGUGGGACUAGUGUAUCGGUCUAUCAGGUCAGGGGACAACUUAAGUUGGCUUGGAUAUUUUAAAAAAAUGUUUGGGGAAGAGGGGUGGAAAAGCCAUUCUACCUAAAGAAACAUCCAACGAGAUAACAUGUGUCAAUGAUCAAACAAGAAAACACUUGUAAAGUGUAUUGCAAACCUUAAAGCUUUAUAUAAAUACUAGCGAUUAAUACAAAGGGUGCUAGAAUUUGGAGGGGCGGGGGAAGGUUGGGUGGGGGGGAAGGGUGAGCCUUCAUUUUCGGGAACACCGCUCCCACCAAUCCUGUCCGGGUUAAAGAGAACAACCUUGACCCUAGCUUUGCGAUCCCCACCCCACCCCCCCUUGAGCUGCCCGGGGCCACCUGGAGAUUAUUAGAUGCCUAAACUCUCGAGUGCCCCAGGUACCUUAACUUUCAGUCACAGGGAGUGAAAGGACUGUUGUCUGCGAAAGGAAACAUUAUCUGUUUGGAUCUAGUUAUAUCACAACAGCAACAAGCAGGAACAACAAACAAACCCCUGUCUCUUUCUUUUCUCCUCUGUGCCCCUCACCCCAAUCCCACCCCCGUCCACAAAACUCUGAGCCAGACUCAGACAUCUUUCCCACCGCCUCCGGCAUCUCUGACCACUAAAAGGCUGCCGGCGUUUGUGUGUGGAAGAGUGAAGUCUCUUUCUUUUCUCCCCUGGGGAUCUAAAGCUCCCGAACUCUAACAUAGAAAAUAUUGCGAUUUGCCAUAAAGACGUAUUCUUGAUCGCUUGAGAUUUAUCGAUGAUAACAUUGUUCAAAAGAAUGAUGUGUGUGGUUUGAAAAAGCUGAAAGCAUCAAGCACCUACCUCACUUUGGAGGUAAAACAUCACACCUAAUUGGAUUCAACUUUAUUCAACUUUCUGACUUCUGAGCGGGGAGAGGAGGGAUUCCUUAAACAAUGCUUAGCCAGCCACUUCAAAAGCAGGAUACAGACCCAACUUUUCCUCUCUUUGUGUGCUCUUCAGAAUUGGGUUCUUAAGCUACAUCUGAUUGUGAUGAUUUUUCACUUAAACGCUGGUGGGGAGGAGGGGGGAGAAGUAUUGCAUUUCAAAUCUAGUCCCUUAACUGGGAAGUCAAUUGUUUUUUAAAAGUCCUGUUUGGAAGUUUGUUUUGUAUAAUGUUUAUUUUGUGAAGAAUAUUAGGACUUUUUAUACUACCACGAAUGGAUGGAUAAGCCUUAGUACAUUUUUGAGACUAGAUUCCGUAGAAAGGAAUUUGAUUUUGAGAGAUCAGUGGUGAGUGGCGUCCAUCUUAAUGUCAGUCGGUCAAUAAACGGUUAAGUGUCUACUAUUCCUCGGGCCUAGUCUAAACUCUGGGGUUACAAAAAAAAAAAAAAUGCAAAAAAGGUCCUCUGGCCUGGAAAAG